GCGCGACACACACACACAUACACACACAACACCGCCGGAUAGGAAGGACGAGAAGCGAAGAGAAGAGAGAGACGACGACGAUACCUUCUUCAUUGAGGAGGGCGCUCGUGUUAUUUCUUGUAUGUGUAUGUGUGUGUGCGUCCGCUUCGUUCCCACCACCACCGAAGAGGCCGAAAGUGCUGAUAGUACCAUCUGAUUCGAGUAUCCAUCCAUCCAUCCAUCAGACACAUCCCCCUCGACAUCGACAUCUCUCAUCAGCGGUAAAGUUCGCAUUUCGAGUGCGUCGUCGUGUCGCCGUCUCAAGUUGUUAUUAUUACUAUUAUACCGUACACAUUUCUGUUUCUUGUGAUUGCAAAAAAAAAAACCACCCAUCCACCCCUUACAUACAGACCAAGGAAACAUAAAGAGAAGAGAGGAGUUUAGCGCCUGCUACGAGAAGAUGGCAGAGGAUGGACCAGAGAUCAAAGCGAUCGAAACGGCUGUGGAUACGCCGUUAACUCUGAUCGUAAUAUGCUUGGUGUCGGCUAUUGUCUUGCUGUUCCUGGUAGCGGUGACAUGCUUCUGCUACCGUCGUAACCGCCGUCUGCAGAACGGCAAGAGGCACGGGCCCGACCAGCCGUUGGCCUUCCACAGCCACAGGAGGCCGACGGCAGUCAAGAGCCCCGCUGGGACAAGCACCUCGCACUACCUGAAGAAGAGCCCCAGUCCCACCGGACCAGCUAGAUCACCUCCUGGGAUGUCUGGACAUAAUACUCCUAGUCCGACAGGGAGUAUGCAUGGCGCUCUGGAGGCAGGUGUUAAUGGUAAUAUGGGGAUGGUAGAGCCUCUGCCGAUGCCUCCAAAGAACGUCUUCACCACGGAAUCGGAGAUACACUCUCCCAGCAAGGAAGAGAUCGAAACCAACGAAAAGAACUUGGAACAGAGCGCUUCAUAUCUCGGUCAGCUCGUAUUUAAGCUCAGAUACAAGCACGACAAGAACGCGCUGAUCGUAUCGGUGGUGCGAUGCCGCGAUCUUCCUGCGAAGGAUCCGAACCUGGGUUCGAGCGAUCCCUACGUGAAGCUGCAACUGCUACCUGAUAAGCAGCACAAGGUGAAGACGCGCGUUCUCCGCAAGACCCGAAAUCCCGUCUACGACGAGGACUUCACCUUCUACGGCAUCAAUUUCAAUCAACUUCCUGCGAUUACUCUGCACUUCGUCGUGCUCAGCUUUGACCGUUACUCUCGCGACGACAUCAUCGGGGAGGUCUUCUGCGCCCUCAACACCGUCGACAUCACUCAGGCCGAGAACCAGCAGAUGGCGUUGUCUCGUGAGAUUCAGCCAAGGAGCUUAAAAAUAAAAUCGCAGGGGCGCGGCGAACUGCUCGUGUCGCUCUGCUGGCAGCCGGCCGCCAACCGUCUGACGGUGGUCGUCCUGAAGGCCCGAAAUCUGCCCAAGAUGGACGUGACCGGUCUUGCCGAUCCCUACGUGAAGAUAUACCUGCUCUACAACGGUCAACGCAUCGCCAAGAAGAAGACGCACGUGAAGAAGCGCACCCUCAGCCCCGUCUUCAACGAGAGCUUCGUCUUCGACAUCCCCAGCGGCGGCGAUGGUCUCGAGCAGGUCAGCCUCGAAUUCCUGCUGCUCGACUGGGAUCGCGUCACCAAGAACGAGGUGAUCGGAAGGCUGGACCUGGGAGGACAGAAAUGCACGGGAUCGGCGUUGCAUCAUUGGAACGAGGUGUGCAACUCGCCUCGGCGCCAGAUCGCCGAUUGGCACAAACUGCGCGAGUAAAAAUAAUGCGAUCUUUGUUCAUCGAUCGAUCAUGGAUCGGAAGAUUACUUAAAGAAACGAAAGAAAAAAGAAA